AUGAUGUCAGCUGGUUUCCAAUGGGGAGUCAAUAACAACAGCAGCAGCACUAACAACACCAAUAAUCAGAAACAUAUUAGCAAUAAUCAGACUCAGUCUUUGUCAAGCCAGAGUUAUCAUCAUACGCCACGGACAAUUUCACAGUCUAGCCUAUCAUCGCAACAUGCAUCGAAAAAGAGGAAAAGAAUAGACGAUGGCGAGGUUGACGCUGAAGACAAAGAAUAUAGAGAUGGUGAAGAAACCACAUUAACAGCAACAGCAACAGCAACAGCAAGGCCUGGCAAAUCAUUUACGCUUCAAGAUAAAUUACAUAACCAUCGCAAACAAUUCAAUUUCACCUCGUCUUCAUCUAAAAACAACACCAACAGUACAUGUAAGUUUGCAACUUCAUCGUCAUCAUCCACCUCGAAACACAAGAGAAGUAAAACGCCUCGAAUCAUUGGUCAGCCAUUACCACCAACACGAAUCAUUGAAACAUUAGACAAACCCGAGCUAACCAAGCUAAUCUACUCUCUAAUGGACAUCCACCCCGAACUCAACAAGACCAUAACCAAAAUAUCCCAACCACCCUCUAUAUCCAACAUCCUCGCCAUCCUUAAUACCAAACACGACUCUAUAAUCAACCAUCUACCUUAUAAGUGCGAUGCUAGUUCCGACUACUCGUAUUUGCGAAUCAAGCCUUAUUUAAUUGAUUUUUUGAAUUGCUUGGAGGAUUACAUACUAUGGAUCUUGCCACCUAACCAACAUGACUUGUUGACGUCGUUGUGGUUUUUACAUGAACUGACUAAUUUAAUUCACAAGUUGCCCAAUUUCACCAAUUCUGAAUUUCAAUAUACGCGAAAUUUAACUUAUGAGACAAUGAUUAAUAGUUGGAUUAUUAUUUUUAAUCAGGAUUUGGCUAAUGAUGAAAUAUAUCAAAUUUUUCAAAAACAAUCUUCAACUGGUGGUGGAACCAACAAACAUCACCAUGAUGGAAAUGAAGAUGACAACGAGGAUGAAGAAGAUGACGAAGAUGAUGAGUUGAUUGAGAAAUUGAGGAUCCAUCAACGAUAUUGUUCUAAAUUCGGACAAAUUAUUGAAAUUUAUCAAGAAAAACUCCAUCAAUAUAAACUAGCCAUGAAUGAACAGUAUAAUAAUGGAUUAGGUGGUGAUUGUGCUGGAGUUGCCGGUAAUGGUGGUGCUGGUGCCGGUACGGGCGGUGGUGUUGUGGGGAACAAUAACGGCAACCACCACCCUCAUCAUCAUCAUCAUCAUGGUGGUGAUGGGUCUAUGGCUACAAAUGCUCGAUUGAAUGAAUUUGUGACUGUUGAUUAUUCACAAUAUUCACUUAACAAUCCGUUUAGGUAG